AUGGGGGGAUUCACCAGCACUGUUCUCGUCCGUGCCAACCUUCAUGGCCAUCUUGAUGGCACCACGGCGGCACCGGAUAAAACCCUCGCUGCGGGUACUGGCGACGCCGCAACGACCGUCACCAACCCAGCGUACCACCAAUGGUGGACUCAGGAUCAGAAGGUCAAGGGCCUUCUCCACACCUCCAUGGAUGAGGAUAUUGCAUGCCAGCUUAUUGGCUAUGAGUCGGUGCAAGUGGUGUGGACGGUCGUCGGUGCCAUGUUCAGCGCACAGAGCCACGCCAAUGUCCGUCACAUCCAAUGUCAACUCUGGACGCUGAGGAAGGAGGAGCUCGUGUCCACCCGGCCCGAUCCACACUCCCACCCAACCGCCACCUCCCGCCCCACCAACCCUCCCACACCACCCACCCCCCGUCUGUCCCAAAAAAAACCACGCACCCUGAUCCAGAUCCCCAAUCUCCUCUCCUCUCCCAACCCACUCGCCGCCGGCCUCCCUUCCACCUCCUCUCCUCCGUCCGUCCGCCCCCAUGCCCCCUGCCGCGUGCACCACACCGCGCGCCCGCCUCAUCGGAGGGCCGUCCCCGGCAGACGCGGCGCGACGGCCGACAACGACGCCGCACGGAGCAAGCAGGAAGGGGCCAUUGGCGGCGAUCGUCCAACGGGCGGCUCCGGGCGGUUCGCGCGGUCACAGGGGAGCAUGGUCCUGCCAGCGGCGUUCGACAGCAGGACGAAUGAUGUGGAGAGCUCCGUGGCGGCCCGUGGCAACCUGUGGCACGCCGAGGCGUCGCACUCCCGCAGCGGCAGCGGCUGCAGAGGCGGCGGUGACGGCGGCGCGGCGCCGCUGUUCCUGGUGCAGCUCGGGCCCGUGCUCUUCCUCCGCGACACGACGCUGCUCUUCCCCGUGCACCUCUCCAAGCGCCACCUCAUCUGGUACGGCUUCGAGCGCAAGAAUGGAGUGCACUCGAAUUGCCCGGCGUACUGGACAGCUCACCGGAGAUGCUUCUUCAUGUCGAUGACCUGCCUCAACCCCUUUGCCUACUCAUUCAUGGACAUGCAAUUCCCCAACGGGCAGCUCAGAUACGUGGCUGGCGACAGGUUCACGGCGAGGGGUUUCCUCCCUCUCGGCGGCGGCGGCAUCGUCCAGGCCCACGGAAAAUUCCCCGGGGAGAAGCGACUCAGCUUCUCCUACAAGAACGGGAGCGGGGGCAGCGUCGCCCCGACCGUCCAGUGGCCAGACAGGUCCCUGUCGCUGGGGCUAUCCCGGGUGCUCUCCUGGAGGCGGUGCAGCCUCAUGCUGCAGCCGGCACUGCAGCUCGGCAUUUGCCCCACGUUCGGCGGGAGCCGGCCCGGGGUGUCGACGGAGCUGGUCCAUUCAGUCAGCGAGGAGGCCAGCGUCGCCUGCGGCUACUCCCUCACCGCCUCCCCUUCCGCCUACGCUUCCGUGUCGCUUGGGAGAUCGAAGCUGAAUGGCGACGUGACGAGCUCGGGGUUGGUGUUGAGAGUGGACGCACCGCUGCACGGUUUUGGCCGGCCAUGUUUCUCCAUCCAGAUGAACAGUGGGCUCGAGUUCUAAAUCUUUGAUUGUUGCAAAGGGACUGAGGGCAAUGGAUAAGAUCUAGAUGCUAAGUUGACUUUUUUCCUGCGGAUUUGGUUAUCGUGAAGAGAUGCACAAAUGGUUAAUUGCUACAGAUACUGAAAACUUUGCAACUAGUGACGGUGACGACCAUGAUCGUAAUCACAAGCACCGAAGACCACUGCCAUGUUCAUGCACUUAACAUUUUCAAUCGCUGCAUUGAAAUAGUAUGAUCUAUUACUUCACAUUUUCUGUACCAUGAGGACAACUGUCACAUUGUGCCAAUAUAUGUGUAGCCUUGAAAGGUGUCCUCUAAGUGUUGUUACUAUUGAUGAUUUGAGUUGCAAUUAACGUUCUUCACAAUA